GUUUACACAGCGGCGCCUUCGCGGGGAGCCGUUUUGGUGGAUGGCGCUGGCAAAUGAGCCGGGGGAGGUGGGCUCCGCGGCCCGCAGCCGCCGGCUAUAAAAGCCACGGGGCCCGGGGCGGGCAAGGCGAACCCGCGGACCGGCGGAGGAUGGAGGGCGGAGGGACGGGGUGCGGAUGCCCCCGCCUGCCCACGGCGGCUCUGUCCCCGCCAGGCUACUCGCCCCUCUCCUCCUCCUCCUCCCCGCGGUGCGGGCCGCUUCCCGGCCCGUCCCUAGCGCUCCUGCCCUUGCCGCGCAGAUCCGCGCCCUUCUGGAGGCCCUGGGUGCCCACGCCGGGAGAGGGGGAUCGGCGGAGCGGCCCCGGCCCCGCCGCGCCCCACAGCCCCCGCGGGCUGGCGGAAGCCUCCCGAAAGCUGGCGCAGUACACGCACCCCGUCAGACUAUUUUGGCCGAAAUCAAGGUGCUAUGAUUACUUGUAUCAGGAAGCUGAAGCACUUCUGAAAAACUUCCCAGUUCAAGCUACAAUUUCCUUUUAUGAAGACUCGGAUAGUGAAGAUGAUGAAGAUGAACUGGAACAAGACUCAAGAACAGAAUCAGACUGCUGACUGCAGGAAAGGCCAACACAACU